AUGGCGAUGCAGCUGGAUAUGUCUAAUGCUCAGGUGAUGAAAGAUGAGCAGGGACGACCUUUUAUCGUCGUACGAGACCAAGGCAAGAAGAAGAGAAUAGCAGGUACAGAGGCCGUGAAGCAGCACAUCGUGGCAGCAAGGACAGUAGCCAAUAUUGUCAAAACCUCCCUCGGUCCACGAGGACUGGACAAAAUCCUUAUAUCCCCAGACGGCGACAUCACGAUAACAAACGAUGGUGCAACUAUUCUGGGACAGAUGGAAAUAUCAAAUCAUAUUGCAAAGCUGCUGGUAGAGUUGUCGAAAUCACAGGAUGACGAGAUUGGUGAUGGUACAACCGGCGUGGUGGUUCUGGCAGCCUCUUUACUCGAGCAAGCAGCAGACCUCAUCGACAAAGGCAUACAUCCUAUACGAAUUGCGGACGGCUACGAUCAAGCAUGCGAGGUUGCGGUAGCACAUUUGGACGAGAUCAGUGACGAGAUACCAUUUACAAGAGAAAACACAACAAAUCUACUGAAGGUUGCAAAGACGAGUCUAGGCAGCAAGAUUGUUAGCAAAGCCCAUGACCAGUUUGCGCAGAUAGCUGUCGAUGCUGUCAUGUCGGUGGCAGACCUGGAGCGAAAAGACGUCGAUUUUGAGCUGAUCAAGGUGGAUGGUAAAUCUGGUGGUGCUCUUGAAGACUCGUUACUGGUCAAGGGAGUAAUCAUUGACAAGGACUUUUCACAUCCGCAAAUGCCGGACGAGGUUCGAGAUGCCAAGAUUGCCAUUUUGACCUGUGCGUUCGAGCCUCCAAAACCGAAAACGAAGCACAAGCUGGAUAUCACAUCCGUCGAGGAGUUUAAGAGACUGCAGCAGUACGAGCGACAAAAGUUUGAGGAGAUGAUACAACAGAUAAAGGACACUGGCGCCAACCUUGCGAUAUGUGGUCCCGAGAUCGAGCUUAUCGCCAUUGCCACAAACGGCAGGAUAGUCCCUCGUUUCGAGGAUCUCAGCCCCGAGAAGCUUGGUAAAGCCGGCGUAGUCCGAGAGAUGAGCUUUGGCACCACCAGAGAGAAAAUGCUGGUUAUCGAGGAGUGCGCCAACACCAGGGCGGUAACCGUCUUUGUAAGAGGCAGCAACAAGAUGAUCAUCGACGAAGCAAAGAGGUCAUUACACGAUGCACUCUGUGUCGUCCGGAAUCUGGUCAGAGAUAACCGGGUAGUCUACGGAGGUGGUGCCGCGGAAAUUGCAUGCUCUCUGGCCAUUGAAGAUGCUGCAGCUAACAACGCGGGCCUAGAACAGUACGCUAUGAGAGCUUUCGCGGAUGCGCUUGAUGCCGUGCCGAUGGCGCUAGCAGAGAACUCAGGUCUUAGUCCCAUCGAAGCUCUUGCUGCUGUCAAAUCGAGACAAAACAACGAGAAGAACAGCAAACUUGGAAUUGAUUGUAUGCAGACCGGCAGCAACGAUAUGAAGGAACACUUUGUUAUCGAUCCAUUGAUUGGCAAGAAGCAGCAACUCCUGCUGGCGACGCAGCUGUGUCGACUGAUCUUAAAGAUCUCGCAGGUCAUUGUCCCAGGUGAAGAAGGUUCGGAGUAUUAG